AUGGAAGAAAAGUUAAAUGAAAUGGAACAAGCUGGUAUCAUCACAAGGACAUCAACGCCUUACAGUAGUCCAUUGACAUUCACUCUUAAAAAAGACGGCUCAAUUAGAGUUCUGCUUGAUGCCAGAAGCAUAAAUAAGAAAAUGGUUGCAGAAACAGAGAAACCACCUAUACAAUUAGAUGUUUUGAAUUCAUUUCACGGAGCGAAUUAUAUCACUACCAUUGACUUAAAUAAUGCAUAUUUUCAAAUUCCGAUAAAUAAAGAUGGUAGAAAAUAUACUGGAUUCACAUUCAAUGGAAAGUCAUAUGUAUAUAAUGUUUUGCCGCAAGGAUUAAAAACAUCAGUAGGAAGCUUUAGCAGAGCCAUGAAUUUAAUAUUAGGACCAGAAGUCCAAGAAUUUUGUGUGAACUAUUUAGAUGAUCUAGCCAUUAUUACAACAGGAACGUUAGAUAAACAUUUGGAGCACAUUGAUAUUGUUUUAAGUAAAUUGAACAAAGCUGGCUUAACGUGUAACUUGCAGAAAUGUGAAUUUAUUUGUAAAGAAAUUAAAAUGCUGGGUUUUAUAAUUUCAACAGAAGGCAUAAAGAUAGAUCCCGAUAAGAUUCGAGCGAUCCAAGAGUUUCCAGCACCUAAAAAGAUUAAACAAUUAAGGGCCUUUUUAGGUCUAUGCAAUUUUUAUAGAAGGUUUAUACCAAAUUACAGCGAGAGCAUAAUACCGCUCUGUGAAUUACUUAAAAAGGGACGAAAGUUCCAAUGGAGCGGUAAAGAACAGAAGGCAUUUGAUUUUAUAAAACAACAAUUUAUUAAUACAAUACAAUUGCAUCAUCCAGACUUUAAUAAGCCGUAUUAUUUACAAACAGAUUGUUCCGGUGUGGGUAUGGCCGGAGUACUAUAUCAGAUAGAUGAUAAUAAUGAAAUGAGAAUUUUAGGCUAUUAUAGUAAAGCCUUAAAAGGCCCCGAAUUAAAUUGGUCUGUUACUGAACAAGAGUUUUAUGCUGUAAUAAGCUGCCUAAAGAAAUUUGAAACAUAUUUGCGGGGCAGUAAAGUAAUAAUACUAACUGAUCAUAAAGCAUUAUUGUUUAUUAAUAAUAUGAAGUUAUUCAAUGGUAGAGUAACCCGAUGCAUUUUGUAUAUAGAACAAUUUAAUUAUGAAGUACAGCAUAUAUCGGGUAGACAUAAUAUUGUUGCAGAUGUGCUAUCACGUUACCCUCCUGAUGGCGAUUUAAUACAAGAGGAUAAAAAUAAUAGUUUAGAAAUUGCUUACACAGAGAGCGAACCGAAUAUUGAGUUGAUAGAAAAAUUAAAAUCUUUAACAGUAUAUCAAUUACAAGAUUCAGAGUCGUUGGCUAUUAUUGAAAAGUUAAAGACAUUAAAUACUUCCAUAAUAAAACAAAACAAUCAAUUUAAAAGAUAUAGUUUGAAAAAUGAUGUAUUAUAUUACAAAACGAAUUUACAAGAAGUAAUAUAUUUACCUAAAGCAUUGAGACAAGAUAUUAUAAAUCAAGUGCAUGUCGAAAUGGGUCAUCAAGGACCCUAUAAGGUAAUUAAAUAUGUGAGAGACAGAUUCUUUUGGAAAGGUUUAACAAAAGAUAUUAAAAACCAAUUAAAUGCUUGUCAAUUAUGUCAGUUAUCUAAGAAAAGCAAUAUAACAUAUGUGGGUCCCUUCUAA